GCCACAUUCAAUGGAAUGGCUCCUGUGCCCGCGGAGGGACUGCACCUGUCCAACCUGUCCGUCCCGCGCAUUAUCGACGUGGCCCAAAAGGCGAAACUCUUCUGCAGCUACGCGAUGGGCAAUCGGACGCUGAACUCUGUCAAAUGGUACAAGGAUGGCCUCGAGUUUUUCAGAUACUCGCCUCUAACACCGCCGACAACAAAUUGGUUCCCCGUCAAAGGUGUCACCAUCGCCGACGGUUCGCCGCAUUGCAAUCAAUUCAUCUGCAACGUGGAGCUGGAGAAGCUCAGUGCCCACUCCUCCGGACAGUACAGGUGCGAGGUGUCCGGCGAUGCGCCCGAGUUCAAGCUGAUCGAUCAGACGGCCAAUAUGACAGUCGGAGUGCUGCCCAAAUUCGAUCCGUUCAUUUCGGGCGUGCGACAUGUGUACAAAUAUCACGACUAUCUCGAUGCCAAUUGCAGUACGGAAUUGUCAAGUCCGAUGGCCAAGUUAACGUGGUAUAUUAAUAAUAAAACGGCACCUGGGCACAGUUUGCAGCCGCAAAUCAACGAAGUCUCACGCAACGUGGACGGCUUUCACCUGUUCGCCAGCCACCUGCAGUUGCGACUACACCUGGACGACCAGCGGUUCAUCAGCAAGAGCGAAAUGCUGGAGCUCCGGUGCACGGCGGACAUCAUGGGACUGGCAGCCGUCAGGAGGGAGAGCAAGGUGCGGGCUACCAUCCUGGCGCUCAAGGAUGCCGGCACCAAGCAGCGGCUCACCGAGAACGGAUCCUGCAUCACGGGCCAACCAGCUUCCCUGGCCGCCUGGCUCCUGAGCCUUGUCCACAUUCUGCGCUGGCAAAGCUCCCAGAGUUAGUGGCUGGC